AUGCUUGAAGCUAAAUUUGACGAAGCCAGUUUAUUUAAAAAAGUUAUCCAACUUUGUAACUUCAACUGUACAGAACAUGGUAUCACUGUCCAAGCUGUUGAUGAUUCUCGUGUUUUAUUAGUCUCUUUAUUAGUUGGUGAAGAUGCUUUUUCAAGUUAUAGAUGUGAUAGAAAUAUUACUUUAGGUGUUGAUUUAGCAUCAUUAGCAAAAGUUUUAAAAUGUGGUAAUAAUUCAGAUUCUUUAACUUUAAUUGCUGAAGAUACUCCAGAUUCUGUCUUGGUUGUUUUUGAAGAUACUGAAAAAGAUCGUAUUUCUGAAUAUUCAUUAAAAUUAAUGGAUAUUGAAUCUGAUUUCUUAAACAUUGAUGAUAUGGAUUAUGAUUCUGUUAUUACUCAACCUGCUACUGAUUUCCAAAAAAUCUGUAGAGAUUUAAGUCAAUUAUCAGAUUCUUUAAAUGUCUUGGUUACAAAAGAUACUGUUAAAUUUGUUGCAACUGGUGAUAUUGGUUCAGGUAGUGUUAUUGUUAAACCGUUUACAGAUUUAGAUAAAUCAGAAAAUUCAGUUAGAGUUGAAUUAAAUAAAGCUGUUAAUUUAACUUUUGGCUUAAAAUAUCUUUUAGAUAUUAUUAAAGGUACUUCAUUAUCACAAAGUAUUACAAUUAAAUUAGCUGAUAAAACUCCAGCUUUAUUUGAAUUUAAAUUAUCAAGUGGUUACUUACGUUUCUAUUUAGCUCCAAAAUUCGAUGAAGAAGAAUAA